AUGGCGGCGGCGCCGCUCGUGGUGCUGGGGCUCGCGCUGCUGCUGGUGGAGGGCGCCUCCGCGGAGGUGGGCAGCGUCUCCACUUCCAUAGAGGAAGUGGGCUCCAAGGUGCUCCUCACCUGCGCCUUGAAUCACAACGACACGCAGGUCACCGGCCACCGCUGGAUGAAAGGGGACAAGGUGCUGAAGGAGGACGCGCUGACCGACCUGAAGACGGAGUACGAGGUAGACGCGGCCGACCGCGCCGGCAAGUACUCCUGCCUCUUCCUCCCCGAGACCGUGGGCAGGGGUGACCUGGCCGUGAGUGGGCCCCCCAAAGUGAAGGCCCUCAAAAGGUCGGUGAAAGGCGAUGAGGGCGACCCUGUCACGCUGGCCUGCAAGUCAGACUCCUUCCCGCCCGUGACCAGCUGGGCCUGGUACAAGAUGGCCGACUCGGGGCACCAGGAGAUUGUAAACGGCUCCCAGAACAGGUUCUUCGUGAACAACUCGGAGGCCAGGUCAGAGCUGCGCAUCAAGAAGCUGAACAUCAAGUUCGACCCCGGCAAGUACGUGUGCAACGGCACCAGCUCCCUGGGCUCAGACAAGGCGGUGAUCACGCUGCGCGUGCACAGCCGCCUGGCCGCCUUCUGGCCCUUCCUGGGCAUCGUGAUGGAGGUGCUGGUGCUGGUGGCCAUCAUCUUCUUCUACGAGAAGUGCCGGCAGCCGGAGGUGGUGGUGGACGACGACGACACCGGGACCGAGCCUCCAAAGAGCAGUGGGCACCAGCUGAACAACGAAGACAAGAGCGUUCGCCAGAGGAACCCUACCUGA